AUGUUCAGCAGUAAACCAUCUCAACCUUCCACCCCCCUGUUACUGUCCGAAACCUCCUUCACCAUCUCUCCACACUUGCUACCCUCCCAUCUCGCUUCUUUCUCCUUAACAACAACACCAACGAACCUGCUGUCCGUCCUAAUUUCUGUUACCAAAACUGAUACUCCCUUCGUCGAACAACUUGCCAUCGUAUCAAUUCUUCUUCCCAUCAUCACCUUGCCACAACAACCUCAGUUGUUAACCCCCAAAUCCCUUUUCUCUCCUCACGCCCAUAUCACCUCCCAUUUACACCAUCCAAAUGUAACAGAGCUUGUAGGUUAUUGCUCAGAGCAUGGACAACACCUCUUAGCUUACGAGUUUCAUAAAAAUGGAUCACUGCAUGACUUCCUUCACGUGUCUGAUGAAUUCAGUAAACUAUUGAUAUGGAAUUCUCGUGUCAAGAUAGCUUUGGGGACAACACGCGCUUUAGAGUACCUGCAUGAAGUUUGUUCUCCAUCAGUUGGGCAUAAGAAUAUUAAGUCAGCCAAUAUAUCACUUGAUACAGAGCUUAAUCCUCAUCUUUCAGACUGUGGAUUGGCAAGCUACAUUCCAAAUGCAGAGCAGAUACUAAACCAUAAUGUUGGAUCUGGAUAUGAUGCCCCUGAAGUUGCAUUAUCCGGUCAGUAUACCUUUAAAAGUGAUAUCUACAGCUUUGGGGUUGUCAUGUUGGAGCUUCUCAGUGGCCGCAAACCAUUUGAUAGCUCAAGAGCAAGACCAGACCAGUCUUUGGUUCGAUGGGCAACGCCCCAGCUUCAUGACAUUGAUGUGUUGGCUAAAAUGGUUGAUCCAGCACUGAAAGGGCUAUAUCCUGUUAAAUCUCUGUCACGUUUUGCUGAUGUUAUUGCUCUUUGCGCACAGCCGGAACCUGAAUUCCGACCACCAAUGUCAGAGGUGGUCCAAGCACUUGUACGAUUAGUGCAGCGAGCCAACAUGAGCAGGCGGACAACAUUUGGAAGUGAUCAUGGAGGAUCUCUACGAGGAAGUGAUGAUCCAGCUAUACGAGACGUCCAAAUCAAAAACAUACUCCCACGAACAUCAUUCUCCCCUGCUAGCGCUCAUCCCCUUGCUGUAACUUCUUCUUCACCCUUUUUAAUGAUUAUUAUUUUUUAA